CUGCUCUCUAAAAAGCGUGACAGCCACCACGUGGACGCUCAACAAGUGACACAGAGCAGACACAAUGGACCCCAAACGGUUUUACAGCCGUGGAAUUCCUUCCGACAGUGAGGACAGCGAGCUCUCCGGCAGUGACGAUGACUCUGAUUAUGUCCAACCCCCUGCAAAAUGUAGUGCCAGUUCAAGCGAGGCGAGUACAAGCUCUGACGAAGAGGAAGCUCCCGCAAGCCAACCAGCUGAUCAGUCAUCAACUCAAUCUAAGAGAAGAAUUAUCUGGAAGAAUGCAAGCCUGAUGCGGGAUCCUGAAACAGUGAAGUUCACUGGACAAAAUGAGCUUCCGCAGGAAGUUUCAGAGUUGGAAACACCUUUCCAAUACUUCAAGUUCAUCUUUCCAGGCGCUCUUAUUUCGCUUAUUGCAAAUGAGAGCAAUUUGUACUCAGUCCAGAAGGAUGCCAGUAAGCCCCUCUGCACCAGUGCCGAGGAGAUUGAAGUUUUUCUAGGCACCUGCAUGUGGAUGUCUAUAAUUCAGCUGAAGAACACUAGGUGGUACUGGAGUGAAGCUACCAGAGUAAGCCAAGUAGCUGACCACCUCACGGUGACACGCUUCGAACAGUUGAAGCACAACCUUCACUUUGUGGACAACAGCUCUCUCGGCCCAAGAGAUGAUCCUGAUAGAGACCGGCUUGCAAAGAUACGACCGCUCGUCGAUGCUGUAAAUGAACAGUUGUCGCUGAUACCGCUUGAAGAGCACUUGUCUGUGGAUGAACAGAUUAUACCUUUCAAAGGCGCAAGUGCACUGAAACAGUACUGUCCCCAGAAACCAAAAAAAUGGGGGUACAAAGUAUUUGUUUUCUCAGGAGUGUACCUGGAAAAAGAAACCGUGCACUGCAUUGGUACAGUCCGGAUCAACCGAGUAACGGGUAUCAGCAUGCCAUCUGACAAGGAAAUGAAACAGAAAGGAAGGGGAAGCUUUGAAGAGAAGGUAGCGACCCUGGAUGGCAUUCAGCUGUCGUGUACAAGGUGGUAA